AUGGCGAGCGGCUUGGGCAACCGGGCUUUUCUGGCGAAAAUUGACAAGCUCCGCGAGCUCAAUGUGGGAUCCAUGAUUCCUCUUCCUCAGCUUGUCGUUGUUGGCGACCAGUCUUCGGGAAAGAGCUCUGUUCUUGAGAGCAUGACUGGCUUUUCAUUCCCGCGCGCCGCGGGCCUCUGCACCCGCUAUGCGACGCAGAUUACAUGCCAUCGUCACCCUAUUAAGAGUGUCCGCGUAUCGAUUAUCCCACGACCUGAUGCCGAUGAUACUUUGAAAUCCCAGCUCCUCGAAUUCGAGCGAUGCACUACCGAGCUGGAUAACGACGCAUUGACCGAGAUCUUCCACGAAGUUCGUUAUAUACCUCUGCACCCGCCCUUGCGAUACCUGGAUCGUGCUGAAGAGAAGCAGGCAAACUUGGCUAUGGGCAUUCGUAUGACUGCGGAUGACAAGAAGGAUGGGCUUGCCGCGUUCAGCCAAGACAUCCUCAAGAUCGAGGUUCACGGACCUGAUCAAAGCCACAUGACUGUCAUUGACGUUCCGGGAAUAUUUCGAGUACCCACUGCAGGACUCACUGCCGAGGCCGACAUUGUUCUCGUUGAGAAUAUGGUUAAAUCAUAUAUGAGCAACAGCCGUACCAUAAUUCUUGCAGUAAUGCCGUGCAACGUCGACAUUGCAACGCAAGAGAUCCUGAAGCUUGCCGAGGCCGCAGACCCCGUUGGUUUGAGAACGAUGGGCGUGUUGACGAAACCUGAUCUCGCCACCGAGUCAGCGACAAAGGAGGCAGUGAUUGACCUGCUGGCCGGAAAUCGGAGCAACCUGAAACUUGGCUACUACGUUGUCAAGAACCGUGGCGCAGAUGACAACACCUCCACACUCGUUCAAAGAGCAGACGACGAGAAGGCAUUUUUCAUGGGAUCCCCGUGGCCAUGUGUUCAGGAACGGUGCGGCAUCGCAGCGCUCAAGGGACGACUUCGCCACCUUCUCAUGAAAAUUUCGAAACAGGAGAUACCGAAUGUCAAGUUCGACAUCGAGCAGCGUCUUCACCGCUGCAAGGAUAAACUUGCCACCAUGGGACCUACCCGAGGGGACGAGAACUCGCAGAGACUCUACUUGGGAAAGUUGGCCAAUAAAUUCCAAGCCAUCGCUCAAGCGGCGCUGAACGGCUACUACAUCAGUGACAACAUCUUUGAGGAGAUGCCUGAUCUCAAACUGAUUACUCGAAUCAUCAAGCUGAAUGAAGUGUUUUCCAACACGCUCUGGACCAGCGGACAUUCAUGGCCGUUUGAACCAACGGAACAAGACAAGGACGGCAAGGAUAAUGACGGCGACAGUGAUAACAACGAAGACCUGCUUGGGGAUGCCUCGAAGGAUACUCCCUUCCGAGUGCCGAUCAAGGACUACCCGGAAAUUCACGGCAUUAUAUCGACAAAGGAGAAACAAAAGCUCCAUGAGCCCCUUUUAGGUUUGAGCGGCGGAAACUUGAUUGAUCGUAUUCGAGACGUGUACGAGACCAGCCGAGGGCCAGAGAUUGGCACCUUUGGAGGGAACGUGCUGUCUACAGUUUUCAUCUAUCAGUCGGCCAAGUGGGAAUCAAUGGCGAUGUCGCAUGCGGCCAACGCUGUCACGCUCGUUCACGACUUCAUCUCUAGACUUAUCCGUCAUCUUUGCCCGGAGAAGAAUGUCAGGGAGGCAUUGUGGGAUGAUAUUCUGAUGAAAAAGCUUCAUGAGAGAUACGGUGUGGCGAUGGAUCAUACCCGUUUCUUGCUCACAAUUGAGCGCGGUGGACGUCCAACCACCUUCAACCAUUACUUCAGCGCCAACCUUCAGCAGAGACGGGUUCGGCGCACGUUGAAGCCAAUGAUGCAAAAAGCCACAUGGAAUUCUCAGAAUCAGAAGUGGAUCUCGUUGCAUGACGUGGACAAGUGCGUUACCGGCAAGAACAACGGUCAACAAGUCUGCGAGGACAUUCUCGACACACUUGUCAGCUACUACAAGGUUGCACGCAAGCGCUUCGUCGACGCUGUCUGUCAGCAGGUUGUAGCGUACCACCUUCUUGACGGAGAUGAGAGCCCGCUCAAGGUCUUCAGCACCGACUUGAUAAUGAGUCUCAGCCAUGAUGAGCUGGAUGCGAUUGCGGGAGAGGACGAGGAGUCAAAGGGGCAGAGACACUCUCUCGGGCGCGAGAUUGAAAGCUUGGAGGCCGCCUUGAAGGUUCUUAGGGCCUGA